UUCGGCGUUCCAAACAACGAAAUGGCUAGUUUAGAAGAGUUGAAAGAAGUUUUGAAAGAAACUCUAGAGAACCGUGGAGUAUUGGGUCAGGUCAAGGCCAAGGUGCGAGCUGAAGUGUUCAAUGCCCUGGACGACCAUUCUGAAUCAAAGCCGCCAUUGAGCAAUGAGAAUCUCCUCAUUAACGAGCUUAUUAGAGAAUAUCUCCAGUUUAACCAGUACAGAUACACAGAAUCUGUUUUAGUGUCAGAAUCAGGAAUGCCUAAAGUGCCUUUGGAAAGAGAUUUUUUGACAAAUGAGUUGAAUGUUGUUGAAGACGGACCCAGUAGAUCAGUGCCACUGUUGUACAGUAUUGUAGCUCAUUACGUGGGUCGUAAUAAUUCCUCAAACCACAAGUCACAGUCUCGGAGAGGCAUUCAGAGAUCUGCAUUUAUAGAUAACCCCGAAGAGCGAAAUUGUGAUAUCAAUGGUGUCCUAGACAUAGAAAAUAAAGGCUUGGUUGUCCGUGGCGGGAAGAGAUGAUCAAAACAGCCCACAUGUUUUUAUGCUGAACUGUGAUGGAUAAAUCUCUCAUACACAUUACCAACUUUUUUUGAAACAUUUUUUAAAAUAAAAUCUCAGACAUUUUCCUUUUCACAAACAGCACUAGGGGUAAGUGAUUUCACAUAAACAUGUUUCGUUAUUCUUUCUUUUGAUCAUCAGUAGAGAUCACAGACAUCUAUAAGAGGUUCUGUCAGAAACGCAAUUCAUAAUGUGCCUUAGUAUAACAUCAAACUGGACAAAAAACUGUCAGGUAAUGGAGUUUCCAAACAUUUUGUUUCAACAUGAAAAAUACAGAUAAAAAUGGACAUAAUUUUAGAAUGCAACUCUGCAAAGUUAUGGUUGAAGUGAUCAGGGCUUGGUGAACUUGAUCAGUCCUUGAGUUGAAUACUUAUAUUGAGUUAUGAUUGUAUCAUGUUUUAGGUUUAUCAUACCAGGUAUUGUAAAAUGUAAUUUCUCUUUUUUGAUGUUUUGUUUACCUCAUAAUUGUAAAUGUUGCAAUAAUCCAUCUGGUACACCUAUCAAAUUAUAUUGAUGUUUAACUGUCUUCAGGCUUAUUACAGAUAAGCUCUUUACACUGUGUUUUAAUUUAACUUAAGAAUUUUUGUAUUGAUAUUGAACAUUAAUUUGUUUUACUCCCAAUUUUUAUACACCCAUCUUUGAAGAGUCAUAUUCUGGUAUGGCUUUGUUUAUCCGCCUGUAAACUUUUUUUCGUUUCCAGAGCAAAUCUUUCUUAUCAAUAUAUAUAUAGGAUCAUCAAACCUUAAGAUGGGUGUGUCACAUACCAUAAUUAGGUCACCAUGGCCUACUUUCCAUGCAUUACUGCUUAUUAAAGGAAAUCCGUAUCAAUUCAUUUAGGAUCAUCGAACCCCACAUGCAAGAAAAAUUUGGGAUGGUGGUGUGCUGCAUACCUUAACUGGGUCAUAUCGACCUUCUUUUGAUGGGCCUAUCAUGUACCUCGCUGGUACUCUUGUUUGUGUUUGAGGUGUCGUUAAACAUUCAUUCGUUCAUUCAUUUACUCAUUCAGUUUGUUACAGAUAAUCUUUAACAGAGAGGCAGGGAUAUAAAGACAGGAUUAUCUAUCAUUGGUCUCAGGGGUGUAGUGGUUAAGUCAUCAGUCUUGAGGCUGAUAGGUACUGGGGUCUUAUUCUAGAACCGGUUCUCAUCUAGAGUGAGUUUUAACAGCACAAAGGGGAGGUACAAGGCUGCUACACCAACUUCUCUAUCCACUAACUGUUACCCCACUGUAUGACCAGCCUCAGUGGUGUAGUGGUUUCAUCUGACUUCUAGCUGGUAGGUACUCGGUUCGUGUCCCAAAACCGGUUCUCAUCUAGAGUGAGUUUUAACAGCACAAUGGGAAGGCACAAGGCUGCUACACCAAGUUCUCUAACCACUAACUGUUGCCCCACUUUAUUAUCCACGUGGUCCAACAUAACCAAGUUAAUAAUAAUCAUAUGAAGCACACAUGUAAUAACAAGUGUAAUGACGUAAUUUUGGGAAGCGACAUCAUAACAUGACAUUGCUUUCCCAGUCCUAACUCGGACUGUGCAUUUG